GAACCAACAUCCCAACCUCACCCAAAUUUACAAUGGUAGCCCAGAUCUGGGUCCUACAUCACCUAGUGAAACCAGAGUUAAUUGGAUGAGUUUAAGAGAGAGAAUGUAUUGGCCCCAUGGGCUAUAUAUCUAUUUGUUAUUCUGGAUACAACAGUGAUCUUUCUGCUUCCUGGGAGGAAAAAGUCAGCCUUGUUAUUGUAGCUAAUAAUGUAUUACUAUAAUCAUUAGUACAUAAAAUCUAGGAUACUUUGAACAAGGAUUUAGGCCUAUACCAAUAUCUGCGAAGCUUGACGACUUUAGUGUGACAGAAUCUACAAAAACAAAAGGAGGAUCCUUCUGAAAAGAUAGAAUGAAGGAGCUCAUCAAAAUGCAUCAAUGGCAGUGGCUACUGCUUCUGGCCUUGUUUCAGGCUGCGGUGUUUCCCAUGGUUACUGCUUCAGAGUAUGACCACAAGUAUAAUAUUGGUGAUCCUGUAACACUUUGGGUGAACAAGGUUGGUCCUUACAACAAUCCACAAGAAACAUAUAAUUACUACAGUCUACCCUUCUGUCAUCCUGGAAAUAACCCUACACACAAGUGGGGUGGACUUGGAGAGGUUCUGGAGGGAAAUGAGCUUAUUGAUAGUCAGAUUGAGAUUAAAUUUGGAAAAAAUGUUGACAGGAGCAAAAUAUGCAGCCUCGAGCUUAACAAUGACAAGGUGCAGGAGUUCAAAGAUGCCAUUGAGAACAUGUAUUGGUCCGAAUUUUUCAUGGAUGAUCUGCCUCUCUGGGGAUUUGUGGGAGAAAUACAUUCUGACAAGAAAGAGGAUCAAAAGCAUUUACUUUACACCCAUAAGAGCCUUGUUGUAAAAUCGAAUAAGGACCAGAUAAUUCACCUGAAUCUUACUCAGGAAAAUCCUCAGCCUCUGAUACCUGGAAGCACAUUGGAGCUUACAUAUUCUGUCAAAUGGGUUGAUACGAAUGUAACCUUUCCUAGGCGAUUUGAUAUCUAUUUGGACUAUCCUUUUUUUGAGCACCAGAUCCAUUGGUUUUCAAUCUUCAACUCCUUCAUGAUGGUUAUUUUUCUCGCUGGUUUAGUCUUUAUGAUCAUGAUGCGCACAUUGAGGAACGACUAUGCAAAGUAUGCACGUGAAGAUGAUGAUCUAGAAACCCUGGAAAGAGAUGGGAGUGAAGAAUCAGGAUGGAAGCUUGUUCAUGGGGAUGUUUUCCGUACACCAAGAAAUCUAGUAUUGUUGUCAGCAUUGGUGGGUACUGGUGCACAACUUUGUAUGCUUGUGCUUCUUGUCAUCGUGGUGGCAAUUAUUGGCAUGCUAUAUGUUGGUCGUGGAGCAAUUGUUACAACUUUCAUUGUCUGCUAUGCCCUUACAUCAUUUAUCUCAGGUCAUGUGAGUGGAAGCCUUUACUCGCGCAAUGAUGGGAAGCAUUGGGUGAAGUCAAUGGUCGUUACCGCAUCUCUCUUUCCAUUCUUGUGCUUUGGAAUUGGUUUCGCAUUGAACAUUGUAGCUAUAUUUAAACGGUCACUGGCUGCUAUUCCUUUUGGCACUAUGGUGGUGGUUUUUGUAAUAUGGGCUUUCAUUUCAUUCCCUUUAGCACUUCUGGGCACAGUUGUAGGAAGGAAUUGGAGUAGGGCUUCAGAUAAUCCUUGUCGAGUGAAGAGUAUCCCUCGGCCAAUUCCUGAGAAGAAAUGGUAUCUCACUCCUUCAGUGGUGUCAGUAAUGGGCGGUCUGCUUCCAUUUGGAAGUAUAUUCAUUGAGAUGUAUUUUGUUUUUACAUCAUUUUGGAAUUACAAGGUUUACUACGUUUAUGGAUUUAUGCUGCUGGUCUUCUUGAUUCUCAUUAUAGUCACCAUUUGCGUCACAAUUGUUGGAACAUACUUUUUGCUAAAUGCGGAGAACUAUCAUUGGCAAUGGACAUCCUUCUUCUCAGCUGCAUCAACAGCUGUCUAUGUCUAUCUCUAUUCCAUAUAUUAUUAUUACAUGAAAACAAAGAUGUCUGGAUUUUUCCAAACAAGCUUCUAUUUUGGCUAUACUCUUAUGUUCUGCCUUGGUUUGGGCAUACUCUGUGGAGCUGUUGGUUACUUGGGUUCAUCAAUGUUUGUUAGAAGAAUUUACAGAAACAUCAAAUGUGACUGAGGAUAAGAUGAAAUGUUUUUGAACCAAAAAUGGAAUUUUAUCAUGUCACAUUAUUUAUCGAGUUCAUGGCGCAAUAGUUGAAGCUUCAAAUUUUGCUAAAUCAAUUUUUGUCUUAGUUUAUCAGCUUUACCAGCGCCUGUUAGAAAAUUCACAUUUGCCUAUGAGGUAAUUAUUCUAUUAUCAAUGUUCUGAGUAGUCACUGGGAUUAGAAUGUUAUAAUUUCAGGUAAUUAUUCCAUUAUUAUUGUUCGAAUAGUAACUGGGACUAGAAUGUUUUGUAUCAUUCUUAGGGCUAGCUUUUUCAAGGAAGCAUCAGAUUGACUUCUCAGCCAAUUGGUGUUUGAUUCACUUAGGCUGAUCAAGCAUCAACAGGCCCUGGAAAUUUUUACUGACCUCAGCGCCUUGGUUCAUCUUGAAGAGGAGAAAUUUAACUUUGCAGAAUAUUCUUUUAGGAAGGCAUUUUUGAAAUGAAAGUCAAUGACAUUCUCUUUCUCUCA